CAAACUCCACGUGGCCAAAAGUAAUCUUAAAAUCAAAAUCCUGUCUCUGAUUGCCUUUUUGCUAGCUCUAUUUCUUCUCUGUCAUGACUGCUGAGGUCCCUCACUUAAAGAUCCAUGUAGCCAAAGCCAAAGACCUUCCACUCUCCUGGUUUGAGCUGAUUCUCUGUCCCGACAAGUUCAGGAAACACCUUGAAACUCUCUCCAAGAACCCUGAUGCUGAGCCCACAGCCUACCAGUUGAUAGGGACAUUCCUAGAGAAAGCCGAGUGCCUCCCCGGCCAGUUGCCACGAGCAACCGGUGACGGCGCUGUACAAGAAGAGCGGAGAGUGGCUCUGGUCAACUGUGCACUGCUUCUCGGCUCCCUACUUCACUGGAACCUGGAGGUCAUCGAGAAAAGACUCCCUACCUUGAUUCAGUGCAGCCUAGUGUCGCAGCUCUGUAAUGCAUACGUCCAGGAGGGCCCACUUUUCAGCAAGGAGUCGGACACACUCAUGGCUCAUGUGAUCCACAGCCAAUGGGUGCUCAGGUUCAUUUACCGUCACAAGCACCUGCCCAAUCUACCCUCUCGAUCUAGCACACCAGCCCCUGAGGCUAAUAGCAACAGUCUGGAGCAAAUCGAUUCAACUACGAAGCCACUGGUUUCCAAAGCACUAGAUUUACUCAAUGGGAUCCUCUCCUCAGCCACUGUUCCCGAUCUCUUCAAGCUUCCUAAAGUGGGUGUGUCCCUGUCUACUGUCAAGGGGCCUGUCGAGCACUUGGAACCCCCAGACUCUGGGGGGCAGAAUGAGUGGAACAGACCACAGGAUCAUGUGCUCUGUGAGAUCAGCUACACUCUUGGUUGCUACUACUUCACUCAGGGAGACCUCCCCAGAGCUAGCGAGCUGUUUGUUCAAUGUCACAAUCUUCUCUCUUCCAUAGCCACCACCCACAGUGCACUGUUUGUUAACAGGGACGAGGUCAGGGGCUUCCUCAAUGCCUGCGAGGCUAGCGAGGGGGUGAUAGUGGAGAAUUUAGCAGCAGAACUGGAGGCAGUAAAAAUGUCCGGUUGGUCGGACACUCGUGAUAUCCUGACUAGGGACUUCCAGAGUAAGGGGCUUCCCCUUGGUUACAGACUCUGCCUUGAGAGGCGAGCGUUGACAGCUGCCACAGAGCGAUCAAUAGAGGAGCCACCCAGUAAGAAGAUGAGGCGCGAGGGGGUGGAUGUGGUCACCAUGGAGGAGGGUCUGACUGCAUACAAUGGCCUGAGGGAGGUGAUGGAGAACAAGUCCCCACUGCCGAGGUUCUGGCAGCUGUGUAGAGAGAGAGAGGCCUUCUUGGACUGUGUGCUCAGUCUUUGUGAGCAGCUGUUGUCUACGAACUUGAGUCCAGAGGAGCGAUGCAGACUCAAGUCGUUUGUUCGUACCCUGUGUGUGGGCGGAGCUAAAGGUGGGCGUGACUGGGAGAGACUACUCAAGUCUGCUGUGAAAGAAAUCGCAUCACACAAGGAGCAGUCUGUCUAUCGUGGCCUUGUGUCAGAGACAGUUGUGCCGGAGCUGGUUGCCAUGGACAGCAGCUCACCCCUACAGACCCUGGACUCUGCAAUGUGUCGUGAGGUCACAGCCGAGGCCACUCUGACAGCUGUGGAGAGACUGUUUAAAGCCACACCCACCAACCAACAUAGGGCCAUCGCUAUAAAGUGGGUGGGCGUGUCUCAAGGCUUUGUUCCCGUGGAGUCUAUGACCGACCCUCUCACCUUCACAAAGUACAACAUCCUUGUUCACAGGGGGAAGACUCUCAAACAAGCUAAGAGUUACUCAUCGUCUAUUGAGAUUUUCUCAUGUGCUCUGAAGCUGCUCUCCCCCAAGACCACACCCCUCAGUUCCCCCGUCCGUCAAGGUCUGGAGGAGUGGCUGAGGGAGGAGAUACUCACUCUGGAACUACUGGACACUCACACCAUCCUCACGCCAGACAAUGUGGAGAAGAGGUUACAGUCCGGAGAGCUGGCUCCACUGAUUGCUAAGUCAAAGGCUUACUGUUUGGAUGGAAGACACAAGUCAUGUGACAGUGUGACGUCACACCUGACCAAUGCUCUGCUACUGAACACCCAACACUACUCAUUUCUCUUCUCCAGGGAGACACAGCUGGAGCCGGGUGUAAUUGCCCCUCGCCUGGCCAACUGUGUCCACUGUGUGAAGGAGGGACGGGAGUUGAGGAAGCCCAUCAGAGACCUCUUUGACGCAGUGCUGACGGUGUUCUGCCCCCCUCUUCAUGCGGGGGAGGGUAAGGCAGAGACGAGUGAGAGACAGUCCAAACUCAGGGCCAACUUGGACGUCUUCGUAGAGAACCUUAUGGAUACCACUAGCCUGUCUCUGCUACUGGCAGCCCUGGUAAGAGUCUGGAACCUCCUAGAGAAACCUGAGUUUGAAGUCCUCAGUGAGUACAAGAGUCACUGGCCGACUGCCAUUGGAACUCCUGGCAGUAUUGAUGUACAGCAAGUAUACCGCUCCCUGAGCACCACCAUCAGGCGGUCACUACGGCUACAGCCUAACAACACCUCCUGGCUACUCAUGCAGGCCCACCUCUACUGCGCAAAGCAAGACUACGGUGCAGCCCUAUAUGGCUUCUUGUCUGUCGGCUCCAUGGCCAGUAACCACUUCACGACGGAAGUGCCUGAGGCCAUCUGGUCUCCCAUCGUCCAUCAGCGACUAAGGGCUUGUUGCACGAGGCUGCGUUAUCACACACACUCCCUGAUAGUGUGUCAGCUGUUAGAGCCGGUGGAUUACGAGGGUGCAUUCGGUAUCGUGAGGAGCAACGUGGGAGCCAUGACUGAGGGACUGUUCACACACCUCUGGGACAUGACCAUCAUCGAAUAUCUCAUCUACACUCUCACGUCAAAGGGCGACAAACACAAGCAGAAAAUUGCUAUGCAAGUGGCUGGUCAGCCUGAGUUGAACACCAACAACAGCAGUGAGGUUCUCAAGAGAGCAGCUCAUGUCAGGAGACGAACAUUUCUAAGAACUUUCUUAACUGAAAUGACACAAUUAUUAUGAUGCUAAAUUAAAUGUAUGGCCCCAAUUAACUUGACAGUGAAGCAAUUAUUAAUGAUCAUUUUUA